AUUUUUUAUGAAAAGGGAUUGUUUUUGUCUCAAAUAAAUUUAUAAAAACCACUCACAUAUACCCUCUCCUUCUACUCUCUUUCUCGCCGGAGUUUCAGUUUCUCCGUUCAACCCCAACUCUUCUCCGGCCAAUUCUUACUCGUCUCACCAUUCUUUCCUUCAAUUCUCACCAGAGUUUGCCCCUUUUCCACCAAAGUUCACUCCUUUUUCACCAAAGCUCACAACUUUUUCCCACCCAAGAAACCAUUUUCCGCUCAAACAAACAGGAUUUUCUCCUUUUCUGGUUUAUGGGAUUUCGACAUAGUUCCUAAAAAGAGACACUUGAGAGGGAACUAAGGUUUUCUCUGUAUACACAAAAGGGUUUUUAGAGAGAGAAAACAGAGUGCAGUUUCACUGAGCCAUUUUUGUUUGCUUUGAAGGAAAUUUCUUAUGUGUUUUGGUGAAGAUUUUAGGGCCUAAAGCUUCAUAUUAUUUGUUUGGCAAUGCAGAAAAUAUAUUCUGGUGAGAAUAAGGGAUAAGGAGCGAAAAAUGGCGGAGCAUAAACGGAGCCCCAUCUCCGUCGACCAAGGUGGUCUCACUUCUCUUGCGCCGAAACGACAAAAGCCCGAUUUAACCAUUUCCACCAAGGAAAGGAAAGAGAAGGUUGGCGAGCGCAUUGCAGCUCUGCAACAGCUUGUUUCACCCUUUGGAAAGACAGAUACAGCUUCGGUUCUUCUAGAGGCAAUGGAGUACAUAAGAUUCCUUCAGGAGCAAGUUAAGGUGUUGAGCGCUCCAUACCUUCAGAGUACAACAACAGCUAAGAUGCAGGAGUUAGAGCGAUACAGUUUAAGGAGUAGAGGUUUAUGUCUUGUACCGAUUUCGUACACUGUUGGGGUGGCUCGAAGCAACGGUGCAGAUAUCUGGGCACCCAUCAAGACCGAUUCCUCCCCCAAGUUCUAGAUUGCUGCACUGCAGCCUCAUUGAAGCUAACCCCUCUGCUCAGCAACAAAAAAAAAGGUUUGGUAGUAACAGGGUAUGAUAUAUGGUGGUGUAAAGGGUACCCAACAUCGGGUUUUUUCCUUCAUCUCUUCUAGGGCAGAACACAUUUUUGUCAGGCUGAUGCAAAUCUGUAAGAGAAAUGAUGUCUAGCAUGAUGCGUUUACCUGGAUGCCUGGUACAUUGGAACAGUUGGAAGAACUGCAGUCGGUCUGGGUUUUUGAACUGGUGAUGGGUAGUCCUGUAUGAUAAGGUGUGUAAUCUGAUAUCGAGAAAAUGUAUAUUGAUAAACAUGAGAUAUGUAUCAAUUCUAACAAUGAGUUAAUGAAAUAUGUGGGGGGCAAUUAUCAUGA